AUGAACUUGGAACCCUUCACCAGUACUAGUAGCUGUGAGUCUUCUUCCAAGGCUAUGGCUGACCAAGCUCUUACUAGCACUACAAGAAAUCAGGCCUUCACUAGCAGUAUGAUGAAUCAGUCCUUUACCCAAACUCUGAGCAACCAAGCCUCUACCAGCAUUCUGGGCAAUCAAGCUUCAACCGACACUCAUGGCAACCAAGCCCCAAAUAGCACUCCAGGCAACCAAGCCUCCAUUAGCUGUCUCGGCAAUCAAGCCUCUACCAGCAUUGUGAUCAACCAAGCAUCUACCAGCAUUGUGAUCAACCAAGCCUCUACCAGCACUCGGAGCAACCAAGCCUUUACCAGCACUCUGAGUGACCAAGCCUUUACCAGCAAUCUGAACAACCAAACCUCCUCUAGCAGUCUGACAAACCAAGUCUUCGUCAGCUCUCUUAGCAAACAAGCCUUCAUCAGCGCUCUGAGCUUUCUAGCCCCCACGCUCAGCAAUCAAGCCUCCAGCAGCACUGUUGCCAACCAAUCCUCUACCAGCACUCUCAGCAGCCAACCCUCUACCAGCACUCUCAGCAGCCAAUCCCGUACCAGUUCAAUGGGUAACCAAACCUCAUUGCUUAUGUCCAUAAUGUCACUCCUGUUUUAUCAAGCACAAGAACUGAUGCUAAAACUGCAACAAGCAAGUAUUUUGAAAUGCAGUUGGAAACGAAGGAUGGCGUACGACGAGGUGUUUGCUUUUCGUCGUCAAAGCUGUCAGAAUUUCAGUCUGUUGAAGUAA